CGCGGUGCGCUGCCUACCUGGAGGGACCGCGCCCGCCGCUGCCAUGUCCUGGGCCGCGCUCCUCGGCCUCCUGGCCGCGCUGCUGCUGCUGCUGCUGCUGACCCGCCGGCGCACGCGGCGGCCUGGCGAGCCUCCCCUGGACCUGGGCAGCAUCCCCUGGUUGGGCCACGCCUUGGAGUUUGGGAGAGACGCGGCCAGCUUCCUGGCUAGGAUGAAGGAGAAGCAUGGGGACAUCUUUACCGUGCUGGUGGGGGGCCGGCACGUGACCGUGCUCCUGGACCCCCACUCCUACGAGAGGGUGGCGUGGGAGCCGCGCGCGCGGCUGGACUUCCACUCGUACGCCACCUUCCUCAUGGAGAGGAUCUUCGACGUGCAGCUCCCGCACCACAGCCCCACGGAGGAGAAGGCCCGGAUGAGACCGACACUCGUCCAUAGAGACCUGCAGGUGCUCACGGAAGCCAUGUUCACCAACCUCCGCUCCGUCCUCCUGGGCGACGCCACGGAAGGGGCCAGCGGCUGGCGGGAGGUGGGCCUCCUGGACCUCUGCUAUGGCUCUCUGCUCAGAGCCGGCUACCUGACCCUGUAUGGAGUGGAGGCGUCCACACGCACCCAGGAGAGCCAGGCCCAGGACAGAGCCCACUCGGCCGACGUCUACCACACCUUCCGCCAGCUGGACCUGAUGCUCCCCAAGCUGGCGCGAGGCUCCCUGUCAGUGGGGGAUAAGGACCGUGUGUGCAGCGUCAAAGCCCACCUGUGGAAGCUGCUGUCCCCYGUCAGGCUGGCCACGCGGGCCCAGCGGAGCAGCUGGCUGGAGAGCUACCUGCGGCACCUGGAGGAGCUGGGGGCGUCGGAGGAGAUGCAGGCGYGGGCCCUGGUGCUGCAGCUGUGGGCCACACAGGGAAACAUGGGGCCUGCUGCCUUCUGGCUCCUCCUCUUCCUUCUCAAGAAUCCCGAGGCCCUGGCUGCUGUCCGCGGGGAGCUCGAGGGCGUCCUCUGGAGAGCAGAGCAGUCCGGCUCACAGAUGACCACCCUCCCGCAGAAGGUCCUAGACAACAUGCCCGUGCUCGACAGYGUGCUGGAUGAGACCCUCAGGCUCACRGCUGCACCCUUCAUCACCCGGGAGGUGGUGGUGGACAUGGCUAUGCCCAUGGCCGAUGGGCGGGAAUUCUCUCUGCGACGUGGUGACCGCCUCCUCCUCUUCCCCUUCCUGAGUCCCCAGAGAGACCCUGACAUCUACUCGGAUCCCGAGACGUUUAGAUACGACCGGUUCCUGAAGGCCGACGGGUCGGGGAAGAGAGACUUCUUCAAGGACGGGAAGCGGCUGAAGCACCCCAGCGUGCCCUGGGGGGCGGGCCACAACCAGUGCCUGGGCAGGGGCUACRCCGUCAGCAGCAUCAAGCAGUUCGUGGUCCUGGUGCUGACGCACUGCGACCUGGAGCUGAUCCGCGCGGACGUGGAGGUCCCCGAGUUCGACCUCAGCAGGUACGGCUUCGGCCUGAUGCAGCCGGAACUCGACGUGCCCGUGCGAUUCCGCGUCCGGCCCUGACCUGCGCCCAUCUCAGCCACCCUGCCGGCUCUGCCUUCCUGCACCGCAUCGCCCUCUCCUGCUGCUCCAGAGGCUCUGUCCACUCAGGGGACGAGGGGCGGGAGCUGCGAAGGACGCAGCAGGAAAGACCGCAGAGGCUCGGACCGCUGCAGACUUCAAGCCGCAGCCGGACUCCUCCUCCCCGGCUCGCCUUGCUCCUGUCACCUGGUGAUGUCCCCUGAAGCUAAUCCAGACAGGGCAGGGCCAUGAGUCCUGCUGCYAGGCCCCCAGCUCCACGGUGGUCCCUGUCCCAGCCCUUGACAACUAGUGUGGUCCAGGCGAAGCCGGUCAAAGCAGAUGCUGGCCUGGAGAGGCCCCUUGGACCCAGCAGUGUGUCCACAGUGCAGCUCUGUCCCGAUUGCUAAGGCGUCCCUCAGGACCCCUCCCUCCCUGGGUGCCCCACUCACUGGACAGAGUCCCCCCACCGUCCACGGGACACCUGAGAGACAGAAGGAUCUCCGAGGAGCUGACAGCCGGGUGUGGUCCCUAGGCCCCGCGGAGCGCUGGGCUCUGGGAGAGUCCUCUGAUGUGGGCUUCCCUGCCUGGCGCGGGGACCAGGAGACAGGCCCCAGGUGGCUGAGGAGAGGCUGAGCUCCUGAGCAGGCCCCCUGCCGCUGCACCGUCCACCGCAGGCGGUUUCCCUGGCUGACACUUCAGAGAACCUGGACUUGGUUUUAGCCUGAAUCCCUCCGUCUGCGGGAGAGGCUGUCUGACGUCCAGCUCUCCUGACAACCGGGCGCUCUGGCCACACAAGGCGCUCCGCAGGGCAUGGCGCAGGAGCCCAGUGCUGCCCUCUGCCUGGCCGCGCCUGGGCUUUGCUCCCCCAGCGUCGGGCUCCGUCGGCUCUGCCUCUCGGUACCUUCUGGCCCCAAGGGCACCUGAGUCUGAGGCCGUCUGGCGAGUCUGAGGCCGUCUGGCUCUUAGUCGUCAUGGAGCUGGUGGGAACCAGCCGAUGACCUGCCUGCCCCAGCCUUUGAACAAGCAGGUCGGUGAGGAGACCAACCUUUGCCUCAGUUUUAAGGAAAAACGACGUCAGAAAAACAGCCUGCGAACCCUGAUGGUGGCCGCAGGUGUUAUCGACAGCAGGUUCUGCUUAUCGGAUGCCCCUGGAGUGCUGUGGCGGGCGAGCAGACAUGGGUUUCUAUUCCUUACAAUGUCUCUGUGAAGAGAGGACAGUGAUGCCCUCUUUGUACAUGGGAAAGCAGGCUCAGAGAGGUGCAGUGGGUUUCCUGGGGUCACACAGCUCAUCAGCUGGUCGAACUGGGACCACACUUCUUGUUCUGGGGGAGCAAAUGGUGGAUGGGCUCAUGUUCCUCGGGGUCCAGGGCUGGUGGGGUGCCAUUCUGUCUGGCCUYGGAGUGCCCAGAGCCAGAGGCUUGAGUGUGCAUUCAUACCCUGAGCCGUAGACGCAGACACAGAGCUAGUCCUCUGGCUUUAGGUGGACAGGAGAGGCCCCAGGGGUCUGUCCCUUCCUGGAGCAGUGCGGGGUGUGGGGCUUCCCCAGCCCUGUGUUGCCAGGCAGCCCCGGAUUCCCAGACAGACGGUGUGAUUGGCAGGAGGCUGGAUAUCCCCGGGG